AAACUAUAUUCUUUCUUCUUCUUCGCACUACCCACUCACCUCCUCCUUUUAUCAUCAUCAUCAUCUCCUCUCACAUUUCUCUCCGUGUAUUUUCCCAAAGAGAGAGAGAUGGAAGCGGCGAUACAAACCAGAGGAAUCCUCUCCUUACCCGCCAAACCCAUCGGAGCGAGAAGAAGCCUUCUCCACCCAUCCCACGGCUUAAAGCAUAGACUUUUCUCCUCCAAGCCAAGAACUCCACCCGCCUUGUCUCUCUCCUUCAAGAAAGCUCAAUCCUUUGACCCAAAGAUUUCCAUUUCCCACAAGGAGAGAACCACCGAGUUCAUAUGCAAGGCGGAGGCAGACGGAGGAGCUCUGCUCAACGAAGGCGACACGGCAGCGAUUGUACCAUCACCAAAGAUCUUCGGCGUGGAGGUCACAACGUUGAAAAAGAUUAUACCUUUAGGUUUAAUGUUCUUUUGCAUUCUAUUCAACUACACGAUCCUGAGGGACACGAAGGACGUCUUGGUCGUAACGGCUAAAGGAAGUUCGGCAGAGAUUAUACCUUUCUUGAAGACGUGGGUCAAUCUCCCUAUGGCUAUUGGGUUCAUGCUCCUCUACACCAAGCUCUCCAAUGUUCUCUCCAAGAAGGCUCUCUUUUACACCGUUAUUAUCCCUUUCAUCAUCUACUUUGGGGCCUUUGGUUUCGUUAUGUACCCUCUCAGCAACUAUAUUCACCCGGAUGCUCUUGCUGAUAAGCUCCUUGCUGCUCUCGGUCCAAGGUUCAUGGGUCCUCUUGCUAUCUUGAGGAUUUGGAGUUUCUGUUUGUUUUAUGUCAUGGCUGAGCUUUGGGGUAGUGUGGUUAUUUCAGUUCUCUUCUGGGGCUUUGCUAAUCAGAUCACAACUGUGGAUGAAGCCAAGAAAUUCUAUCCCUUGUUCGGACUUGGAGCCAAUGUUGCGCUGAUUUUCUCCGGAAGAACGGUGAAAUACUUUUCUAACUUGAGAAAGAAUCUUGGUCCUGGAGUUGAUGGCUGGGCAGUUUCAUUGAAAGCCAUGAUGAGCAUUGUGGUGGGAAUGGGGCUUGCCAUCUGUUUCCUCUAUUGGUGGGUUAAUAGAUACGUUCCUCUUCCAACUCGUAGCCUGAAGAAGAAGAACAAACCAAAGAUGGGAACGAUGGAGAGCUUGAAGUUCUUGGUGUCAUCACCAUACAUUAGGGAUCUUGCUACUUUAGUGGUAGCGUAUGGUAUUAGUAUCAACCUUGUGGAAGUCACAUGGAAAUCAAAGCUUAAAGCUCAGUUUCCUAGCCCGAACGAGUACUCGGCGUUUAUGGGUGACUUCUCAACCUGCACUGGUAUUGCAACAUUCACAAUGAUGCUUCUCAGUCAAUACGUAUUUGAUAAGUAUGGUUGGGGAGUAGCUGCAAAGAUCACCCCAACUGUUCUGUUAUUGACUGGCGUUGCCUUCUUCUCUCUGAUACUGUUUGGUGGCCCAUUCGCACCACUUGUUGCCAAGCUUGGUAUGACUCCGCUGCUUGCAGCUGUUUAUGUUGGUGCUCUCCAGAAUAUCUUCAGCAAGAGUGCCAAGUACAGCUUGUUCGAUCCUUGUAAAGAAAUGGCUUACAUCCCCUUGGAUGAGGAUACCAAGGUUAAAGGGAAAGCUGCAAUUGAUGUGGUUUGCAACCCGUUAGGGAAAUCAGGGGGUGCUCUAAUACAGCAGUUCAUGAUCUUAUCCUUUGGAUCACUAGCCAAUUCAACACCAUACCUAGGAAUGAUACUGUUGGUCAUUGUCACUGCAUGGUUAGCUGCAGCUAAGUCACUGGAGGGACAGUUCAAUGCCUUGAGGUCUGAAGAAGAGCUGGAGAAGGAAAUGGAGAGAGCUUCAUCGGUGAAGAUACCUGUUGUGUCUCAAGAGGAAGGUGGAAACGGUUCCCUUGGAGAAUCUACAAGCAGUUGGCCUGAGAAAUCAGCUCCCACCAACAUAUAAACAACAAAAGGGUUUUUGAUAUUUGAUUUUAGGAAAGAUGAAAUCAAAAUAAAGAGUUUGAGUCACAAAAAGACUCUCAAACAUUGGCUCUUUUGCACCACCACUCCACUCUUUUUAGUCUUUAGUUUUUUGAACAUUUAUCUUCAUUUCAGUUUGAUCUUAAGUUCGAAGUUUUUUCCUUAAACUUGUCAUGUGUAUUGUUUUAAUUAUUCAAGUAGAUGAUUGAUUAUCAUGCAAUCCUUGUCUUGUC